AUGGAUAGGAAGCUCAACGGAGGCACCGCCAUUAUAUCGAGCUCUAGUGGUGGCGCCGCCGCAAUUGCUAGAUCUUUUUCCCCGUCGAUACAACCUAACUACAGUAGCCGAUUAGUUCAGGAAACAUUAGAGCACUUGGCUUCAAUUGAUCUGAUUGAGUUGUGUAAAGAAGCUAAAGUUGAGCGCUGCCGGGCCACUAGAGAUUUGAGAAGCUGUGGUCGUUAUGUCCACCAUGUGUUGAAUUCAUGUGGGCAUGCUUCAUUAUGUGAAGAGUGUAGUCAACGGUGUGACAUCUGUCCAAUUUGUAGAGUCCCAAUUCCAAAGAGUGGUACUAAACUGCGUCACCGACUUUAUUAUGAGUGCAUGGAAGCUGGCCUUAUUUCCAAAAGGUGUGACGAGAGAUUUCAAGAAAUAGAAGAUGGGGAGAAACAAUUAACUGCUGACGUCCAACGCCUUUAUUCUUUAUUUGAUGUCGCACUUGAGAAUAACCUGGUUUCUUUAAUUUGCCACUAUAUUACAGAUGUAUGUAUGGAUGAAACAGCUGUUUCCAGUGAUCCUGUCAUAGCAUUUUUGUUGGAUGAAGUGGUAGUGAAGGAUUGGUGCAAGAGGACAUUCAAAAAUAUCAUGACUGAACUACAAGGAAUUUAUAAUCUUGACGUCUCAGGAAUGAAAGAGAGAUUAAGUUUACUUCUGAAAUUUUCAUUAUACUUGAAGGGCAUAUCGAAUGUGCUAGACAUUUUGGAGUCAUCUUUUAAGGGUACUCUUUCAGCACAACUUCAUGAUCUGCACCAUCUUCAAGAGAGCAUAUUAAAGACAAAGCAGCAUAUGGAGAUUGUUAUUUGGUGUACCAGACAUGAAUUUUUGGAUAAUGUGAGAUCUCGCUUUUCCAAUACUUCAUCAUGGGCUUCAGUUGUCCGCAAACGGAAAUCAGAAGCAAUUAGACGUGCUUGGCCAGAUGCAAUAAAUGAAUCAACGGAGUCAAAAGGACAUGGUGGAUCUCUAUUUAUUGAAGAUGCAUUGAAUAAUCUUGAUUUGGAGGAGGAGAUGAUGCCUGAAAUUGGAGAUGGAUUAGAAGUUGCAGCCUUGCAGGAAGAUGGAGCAUCAAUUUUCAGGUCAAAUACUGAUCAGGUGCUGAGUUGCUAUCCCUUCAAAAAUCUUCGAGCAGCUGCUGACUUACUCUUUUUGCAUGGAAGUUCUGAUGUGGUGAUUGCAAAACAAGCAAUUUUUCUGUAUUAUUUGUACGAUCGCCACUGGACCAUUCCUGAUGAAGAAUGGAGAGACAUAUUAGAGGACUUUGCAGCUACAUUUAGUAUAAGCAGGCACUCUUUACUUGAGUCUUUGACUUUUUACCUUCUUGAUGAUCAUACAGAUGAAGCUUUACAGGAAGCAUGUCGCAUUCUUCCUGAGAUAUCUGGCCCAACUUCCCAUCCUAAAAUUGCAGAAGUACUUUUAGAAAGGGGUAGUCCUGAUACUGCUCUCAUGGUUUUGAGAUGGUCUGGGCGUGAUGGUGGACUACAAAUGAAUUCACUUAGAGAUGCUGUCACUGCAGUGCGGGUAAGGAUUGAGUGUGGGCUUCUGACUGAGGCAUUUAUGCAUCAGAGAGUUCUCUGCACCAAAGCAAAAGAAAAGACUUUCAAUAGAGGAUUGUCUGGCGAUACCAAGGAGAAGCAUAAAGGCCAAAAUAGUAAUGUGGUUGAGUGGGUGGAGGUCCUGGUAACAGAGAUUUGUUGCCUUUGUAUUCGGAGAAACUUGGCGGACCGAAUGCUAGAAUUGCCAUGGAAUUCGGAUGAAGAAAAAUAUAUACACAAGUGUCUUUUGGAAUAUGCUAUCGAAGACCCCCUAAGGACAACUGGAAGUCUACUUGCUGUCUUUUAUAUUCAGCGCUACAGAUACUCUGAAGCAUAUCAAGUUCAUACUAAACUUGAAAAGGUGGAGCAAGACUUCAUUUCAAAAGGUUCUAUCAGUCAAGAAUUUUUACCGAGAUUAGAAACGGCUAUUCAAUGGAGAUCUAAUUUAGUUAACAGAAGUUUGGAGUUGUUGCCAGAAGUUGAGCGGGAACAACUGAGAAGCGGAAACUUGAUUGAGGAUGCUGCUACUUCUCACGGGGUAGCUGAAAUUCCUGAUAAAUUUGACGUUCAUCAGGUUCACGAUUCAACGUCAACCAGUUUAUUGAUUCCUUCAUCUGCGAAUCCGUCUCUCAUGCUGCAUAAAGAUCACACAUCCACAUUGUUAGGCUCUUCAACUUUAGCAUCUUCGGCUAAAAUAGGCACACCUUUCCCCACUACUGGCCCUGAGCUCAGUAAUUUCAUUAACCCAUCGCAUCCUCACGAGGGGUUACUUACCAAUAAUGAGAGGGUUUCUAACCGCCAAGGUAAAAUUGGCAAAUUUCUCAGAUAUGAUAACACUCCAACUCCAAGGAAUCACAGGAUACAUCUUAUGAAUGGCUCACCACCGAAAGCAUUUAGCAGAUCAGCAAGCCGUUCCCAGGAAAAUGUGCGAGACAAAAUAUUGCCUGGAGUUGAACGAAACUUGCUUUUUGGCCAUGAUCAAACUACCAGUCCUAUGUUCUCCUGGAAGGCUACAGCUAAUUCUGUUUCUAGAUCCAAACUCAACUCUCCUAAAGAAUUUGCAAAUGACCUCCCAAAUACGUAUAAUAGUACGAAUGUACAAUCACAUAAAGAUGAUAAUAGUUGGAAUGUCAUGUCUACUAAUGAUCCAAUGGAUGUUUCUCUGAGCCAAUCGAAAAAGAUAUUAAAUUCUGAAGUAAACAUCAAUGGUGGACCAAGAUGGAGAUCUGAUGAAACUAGUGACGAGGAAGCAGAACAAGGGAUGGAUAUAGCUCAUUAUGCAACUCCAUCCAGGAAAAUUAGACGAAGCAGAGUUGCCAGGAGAUGA